AUGCCUGGCAUUCAGUACUACGAACUCAACUUCACCUUCCAGAAUGGCGACACGCUCCCCCUCCGCCUGGCGUAUCGCGAGUUCAACGUAGACAGCAGCAGGACAGCACUUAUCCCAACAUGCUUCCGCGGACGCAUCAACACGACCCUGAACUUCGCCAACGGAGCACUCCGCGACUACCGAGUCAUCGUGGUCGCCCUCCUCGGCAACGGAGAGUCCUCGAGUCCGUCAAACACGGCCAAUUUCCCCUCGACCAUCGAAUACCAGGACUGUGUCAGGGCCCAGCACAGCUUAGUCACGGAAUACUUGAAUAUCCCAGUACUGGACGUCGUGGCUGGCUUUUCCAUGGGCGGACAGUGUGCAUAUCACUGGGCAGCGAUGUACCCGGAGAUGGUCCAACGCGCGGUGGUUAUAUGUUCAUCCGCGAGGACCAGUCUGCAUAACUAUCAGUUUCUGGAGGGUCCGAAGGCUGCUCUUAUCCAUUCUGUUGAUUACAACUCUUCGGUUUCAAAUGCACAGCCUAUUCGCGGUCUCCAUGCAUUCGGAAGAGCGUACUCCGCGUGGCUCACCAGCGCCGAAUGGUUCGAGCAGCGGCUCUUCGAGAAACAGGGGUUUAGCUCUCUGGCUGAAUGGGCUGGAGUGAUAGGUGGUAAGAAUUACGAGGACUGGCAUCCUGACGAUCUGCUGGCCAUGCUGGGGAUGUGGCAGCGGUCCGACCUGAGCAAUGAGAUGGGCCUGGAAAGUGCACUACGCAGGCUGAAGGCAAGGAUCCUGCUUAUGCCUUGUCGUACGGACCAGUACUUCAAGUGGGAGGCAAGUCAGAAGGAGGUUGAGUUUCUGCAGUCUGGGGAACUGGCGGUGAUUCCGUCAGUCUGGGGUCAUCUUGCUGGAGGAGGGAGUAAUAACGAAGAUACUGAGUGGAUGGACAGGCAGAUCAGGUCUUUUCUUAGUAAAUAA